UUAAUUAUAAUCGUAUAUAAAUUUAAAUUCGUUAAAAAAAUAAAAUGUUUAGUAUUUUUAAUAAAAAAAAAAAGCUCUGAUGAUGAUCAACUAAAUGUGCCGGAACAUACGCCUACGCCUUCGUCUGCAGUAAAUACUGAAAGUAUAAUUGCAGAAGAAAAUGAGUUAAAUGAUAUUGAUAAUGAACUUGAUUUGGGUAAUUUAAAUUCAGGACCGCGUCAGCCAAUAUUAAAGAUUUUCAAAAAUGUUUAAAAAGGAGUAUCCUAAGACAAAAUUUGGAAGUCAAAAUCGAGGAUUUACACCUUCUUACUUUAGUGAGUUUAAUUGGCUUGAAUAUAGUAUUAGAAAAGAUAGCGUGUUUUGUUUUCCAUGCCGUAUUUUUGGAACUGCUCAUCAAACGGAAAAUACAUUUACUGUAAUAGGAUUUAAGAACUGGAAAAAACUUUGGGGAUCAAGAGAUUCAAAGACCAAAAAAUCAAAACUAAGUUUGCACGCUUCAACAAUUAAUCACAUUAAUUGUAUGUCAAGAUGGUUAGAAUAUAAAAAUUCUUUAAAACAAGGUAGUAUCAUCUUCAAAUUAUCCACAGCCAACAAGGAGCACAUUGACAAAAAUCGGCAGUAUAUUAAAUGUUUAAUUGACAUUGUUAUAUUUCUUGGGCGGCAGGGACUUCCAUUUAGGGGUCAUCGUGAAAAUGAAGAUGCUUUAAAUAAAGGUAAUUUUAAAGAGCUGUGCAUGUUGUUUUCAAAACAUCAUAUUGAGUUUGAGAAAAAAUAUAUUUUCAACUCAACUAACCAUACUAGCUGGGCCAUUCAAAAUGAUUUAAUAAAUAUUUGUACUUCAUAUGUGAGAGAUAAUAUUGUUUCUGAAGUUAAAAAGUGUGGCAUGUUUUCCAUUUCAUGUGAUGAAUCCAGAUCUCAUAAAGAAGAGCAAAUGUCCAUCUGUAUCCGUUAUACAAACAAUUUAGAGGUGAAAGAACGUUUUUUAGGAUUUGUUGAUGUAUCAUAUAGACAAAAUGCUGAUGCAUUAUAUUCAUUUAUUAUCGACUUUUUACGUUUUUGUAAUUUAUCUGAUAUUCCAAUUGUUGGCCAGUCUUUUGAUGGAGCAAAUGUAAUGUCUGGUCAGAAAGGAGGUGUCCAAACUAAACUUAAGCAAAUUUAUCCAUAUGCUAUAUACAUUCAUUGUAUGGCACACAAAUUAAAUUUAGUGAUUGUGGACACAUGCAAAUAUUUGAAGUAUCUUAGAAAAUUAUUUAAUGGACUAGAAGCGAUAUACGUACAUUUCUCAUAUCCUUCAAAAAAUAAAAAAUUCAAUGAAAUUCAAAAUCUACUUGGGUUGAAAAAAAAAUCAUUAGUUCAGUUAAGUGAAACAAGAUGGGCCUGUCGUUUUAAAAGUUGCAGCUCAGUCAUACAAAAUUAUGGUGUAUUAAUUCAGUCUUUAAAAGAGGAAAUUGAUGCUCAAAAAAAUAAAGAUGUCGCUGAAGCAAUUGGUAUUAUUUCAACAAUUAAGUCUGUUGAUUUUGUAAUAUAUUUAUUCAUAUUAAAGGAAGUCUUACAAAUUAUUCAUAUACUAUCAAAUCAUCUACAAUCAAAAUCAGCAACCCUGGGUAAUUCUAAAUCUUUAAUAACUGGAGUAAUUACAACUUUACAAGAACAUCGUGAUUCUGAACAACAUUAUAAUACACUUUGGAAUGAAAUGCUUGAAUUUAGCACUAAACAUGACAUUUCUCUUGAAAUUCCUUUGCAAUCUGUAUCAAAGAAAAGAUUACGAAAAGAGCCAUCUCAACUCAAAGAUUUUGUUUGUUUGUCAACAACUAGUGCUAGUGAUGAUCAUACUGCAGAUAUUGUAGAAACAAAAAAAAAAUAUUGGAAAAAAAAAGCUUAUUAUAAUGUAUUAGAUACAAUGAUAAAUAUUUUAAAAACAAGAUUUUCUGAAGAAAGCCUUCAAGUAGCCUCAUCAGUAGAUAAUUUACUAAAAUUGAAAUUUGAAAGUUCUUCAUUUUUAAUUGAUCAUUACAAGGAUUUAUUUGGAAUUUGUAAUCAGUCACUGAUGUCUGAAAUGUCUGUUUUAAAAAACAUUCUGGGUGAAAACUCUAGUUUAGAGGAAAUAAAACAACAUUUGAUAUUAUAUGAUGGUAAAGUAUUUCCAAAUUUUUGUAAGAUGUUUCAAGUAGCUGUUACUCUUCCCGUAAGUACAGCGAUCUGUGAGAGAUCAUUUUCUACUAUGCGGCGUAUAAAAACAUGGUUGCGUACUUGUAUGAAUCAAGAUAGGUUCAGCAAUUUAAGUAUUAUGAAUAUAGAAAAAGACAUUCCUAUCAAUAAUGAAGACAUAUUAAAUAUUUUUGAUAAAACCGAGAGACGGAUACAAUUACAUUAAAUAUCUAUUUGAUGAUAUUUAAUGUU